UUGAUUCGGUCUUGCUCUUCCCUUUAACUGUUUUAUUUCUUGAUCCGCUAAGUGGAGUUUUGGUAUGGUGGUGCUGUUUAUAACAAUCCUCACUUCAGUUGCUUUUGGAACUGAAGCUCUCAUUGGAAAGUUAAACUUAGACCUGGGGAAGGACACCACAGCAAAAUAUUCACGUGGUCCCUCUAGGUUACGGGAAGAGCAAUCCGCCAAAUCAAGCAGCAAUUCCUCCAAUAUUCACAUAGGUUCUGCAGUUUCACCUUAUAAACCGAAAACUCAAGAAACAUUAUCCAUUGGUCGAAUGACUAAGGAAAGUCCAAAAGUUAUGUUAAAGUCAGAGCCCAGAUCUUCGAAUGCCAGAGUUUCAACUUUAAUGAAGCCCACUGCUAGUCAUUUGGCUAAACUAAGGUCCCUGAAACCACCUAGCAAAAAAGAUGAGAGAAGUUCAUGGAACUCUUCAGUAUCUUAUAAUGCAGCUCCUAAAAGACAAAAGCUAGAAAGUGGCUAUUUGCGAAAGGUCACUGUUCCUAGAGAUCCCCAACUAGAAACCAUGCAGAGGGCACAAAGACGAAGUUUCAGGUCCAAUAAUGAUUCAGAGUCAAGUGACCAUGCAAAAGACAGAGGCCACCCUUCAAAAUCACAGCCUUUGAACACAAAAUUGUCAAAAAGCCAAAAUGCUGAGUCUGCUACACAUAGCACUUCUGUGGCCUUUAAAAGACCAAACACUCAAAAUGCUGCAAAGCAAGGUAAUUCUGUGACAUUGCUCAAAUCAAAAGCUUUAAGAUGUAAUAAGGUACCAUUAAUAUAACCAUGUGAUCCUCUCUUUUUUUUCUUUUUUCUUUUUCUUUUUGAGUUUAUGGAAUAUGCUAAUUGUGAAACCAUAUCAUAUAUUUAUGCAGAUUUUCCCUAGUGAAGAUACUAGAAUAUGUGAAAACAUUAGAGAAAGAACUACAAUCUCAAUGGAUUCUAAAUCUACAGUUGAUAAGAAGCUUCCAGUGCAUCCACCAGUACAACUGUUUAAUAAGUUGUCCCUUAGAUCUGAAAGAGAAACAUGAAAGGUGCGUUAGAUGAUUUUUAAAGAAGAAUCUAUUCUCGUACCUGUUGCUAUCUGUUCAGAAAUGUAUGCGGAAGCCAAAUGAGUGUGCGCCAAAUGGGGCACACCAUGAAUUGGAUGCCAGUCCAGCAGGAACAGGAACUUGGAAUCCUAUAAGAAUCUAUGAUCAAGAAGUUCAUUUCUAAGGUCCAUCUGGCUAUUGUUAGGGGGAGUUGUAUUUCUUCAAGUUGGUUUGAAGUAGAAAAUAUAAAGAACUUCUAAGUUUAGAGUAACCUACUUUACUGGAUAUUGGAACGAGACGAGCCUGAAUGGAGCGAAAUGUAUAGUGAUGAUUCGUAGUCGACUCCAACUAACUUGGGAUCGAGGCUUAUUUAGUUGUUGCAGUUGUCUUUGCUGCUUGAUCAGUCCAAUACGCUAGUCGAUUAUGGAAAGGCAGCUUUUUGAAACAUACUUAAUAAAGUGCAAAAUGUAUGGUUAUCCAUACAAUUCAUUUCAUAGAAUCAUUCGAAAAAGUGAAAACAAAAGUAUUAUAUGUACUACCUUAGAUCAUAAAAGGUAUAGCAAAUAUUACAAAAAACAU